CAUAAAAAUUAUUUAAAGUAUUUUAUUAUUGUAUUUAAUUAAAUAUUCUAAGAUUACAAUAUUGUAAAUUUGUAACAAACAUUUGUUAAAUAAUAAUAGUUAUAUUGCUAUUACGCGUCACAAUUCAUACAGAGAUAUCGAUCGUUUCUUUUAAGGAACAUUAUGUUGUGCGUUACCGUGGAAACCAUAUCAUCCAUAGUAAGCGCACAAUUGGUACAAUAGUUUACCUUUUCUUUUCUGUUCCUCUGUUAUAAUUUUAAUCAUUACUUGUGAAAACACUAAAAACAUUAAUCGUUAUCGAUAAUUAUAUUCGCAUAUAGUGGAUUGCAAUGAUUCCAUUCACAAAAUGACGAGAAGCGGCAAUAUUGAUAUUGGAAGUAUUUUUGACGAGUACCUGCAAAAAGAACAACAAUUCGAACAGGAAGUAGAAGAACGAUUACGUCGUGAAAUUCGCAAUGGGAAUAUCUGCAAAAUUUCUGACUUAUCAUCAACGAAUCUGCCUUUAAAUUUGGAAAAAUCUCGCAUUCGUAAUCAGGCUCUCCUAAAGGAUUUGGAGAUGUCUAGAGCACGUCUGAGAACUUACGCUUCUUACACGCCUACUGAUGCGGAAUUGCAGCAGAUUUCAUUGGUCUAUCGGGAUCAUCUUCGCAAAACUAUCCAAGACACGGAAUCGUGACAGGCUCAACUUCUACGUUAUCGAUUACUCGCCAAGUGAUCUUUUCAAUCUGAUAACUCGAGCCGAACGAACAAACUUUAAAAUAAAAAGUUUGUUGAUCGUUGGGAUCGAUGGAUCGGAUUGAUUAUUACGUAGUGUAUCUCAUGACGUGGCCGUUUCUUCAUGUGUCGAGCGACAUGAAAACCAAUCCGUGCGAAACAUGAGCACAAUAUUUUUGCGUAUUUCCUCGCCGCGUGGUUGCUAUAUUCGGGCUCGCAAACUUUGGCACGCAAACAACGAUUACCAUUUUUGUAAAGUAAAAUAGAAUAAAUUGUCAAACAAGCUAUCGCA